AUGCCGUCAAUAUCCCUUACACUGCGCACUGCGCGCACCUUCUCGCGAAGCACAACAAAAACAUACCUCAACCUGUCGCGCUCCUUCUCCUCGUCUCUCCGCCGCAAUGAGAUCAACAAGGUCUACCCGAGUGCCGCGGCGGCUAUCGAAGACAUGGCCUCUGACAGUACGCUGCUAUGCGGAGGCUUCGGUCUUUCAGGCGUCCCAGACACGCUCAUCCACCAAGUAAAGAGCACACCACACAUCACCGGCCUGACCGCCGUAUCCAACAAUGCCGGCAUCGUUGGAGGGGGCCUGGGCCUACUGCUCGAAAGCAAGCAAGUCAAGAAGAUGAUCGCCAGCUACGUAGGCGAGAACAAAGUGCUCGAGCAGAUGUACCUCACCGGCGAGCUAGAGCUCGAACUCACACCCCAAGGCACCCUCGCCGAGCGAUGUAGAGCAGGCGGCGCCGGCAUCCCAGCCUUCUACACACCUGCGGCCUUUGGCACCGUCGUGCAAACCGGCGAACUCGCUCUCAAGCACAACAGCGACGGCAGCGUAGCCCAAUACUCCACACCGCGCGACGUCAAAGUCUUCGCAGGCAAGAGCUACGUUAUGGAAGAAAGCAUCAAAGGCGACUACGCCUUCAUCAAAGCCUACAAAGCCGACCGUCUAGGCAACGUGCAAUUCCGCUUCAGCGCCCAAAACUUCAACGGCGCCAUGGCACGCAACGCCACAACCACUAUCGUAGAAGCCGAGCACAUUGUCGAGCCCGGCGAGAUCCCUCCCAACGCCGUCCACGUCCCCGGCAUCUACAUCGACCGCGUAAUCCAGUCCACCGCGGAAAAGAAGAUUGAAAAAGUAGUCAACGCAAAAGACCCCAAAGAAGCCGUCUCCGCCCUCGGCGCCGGCGACGCAGCCUCGAAACGCGAACGCAUCGUGCGCCGCGCCGCGAAGGAGUUCAAGAACGGCAUGUACGCCAACCUAGGGAUCGGCAUGCCUAUGCUCGCCCCGUCCUUCGUAGACCCCUCCGUAGAAGUCCAACUUCAGUCCGAAAACGGUAUUCUCGGUCUAGGUCCAUACCCGCAAAGGGGCCUCGAAGACCCUGACCUCAUCAACGCGGGUAAGGAGACUGUUACUCUUCUCCCUGGCGCGUCUAGCUUUGGCUCCGAAGAGAGUUUCGGUAUGAUUCGUGCGGGCAAGAUUGAUCUGACUAUUCUCGGCGCUAUGCAAGUGAGUGCGAGGGGUGACCUGGCCAACUGGAUGUUGCCCGGUAAGGUCAAGGGGUUCGGCGGCGCGAUGGAUUUGGUCAGUAAUCCGGAGAAGACGAAGGUGGUUGUUACCAUGGAGCAUACGGAUAAGAAGGGGAGGCCCAAGAUUCUUAAGCAGUGCGAGUUUCCGCUUACGGGUAAGGCCUGUGUGAGCAGGAUUAUUACGGAUUUGUGCGUGUUUGAUGUCGACUUUACAGAGGGACUGACGCUUAUUGAGCUUGCGGAUGGCGUGACCGUAGAUGAAGUGCGGUCGAAGACUGGUGCGGAUUUCAAGGAGGCAGCGGAGAUCAAGCCGAUGUUGUAG